GAAAGAGUCAGAAAUUGUCAACUUCACACAUCAUCAAUUCGCCACUUCCCAAUUCCCAAUUGCAUUAUAAUACAAUAUCCAACUCCAUACAAAUCCAGAGUCCUUUUUCUUUGACUACAAAAUUGUAUCUUUCCUUUCCUUUCCUUUCUCACUUGUAUUGGAGAACCAUUUUCCAUCAGCCAUUUUCUACUGUUCAAUCAGCACCCAUGAAUGCUCUUGCAGCCACCAACCGUAAUUUUCUCAACGCAAGUCGGAUUCUGGGGUUGGACUCUAAGCUUGAGAAGAGUCUCUUGAUACCCUUUAGAGAAAUUAAAGUUGAGUGUACAAUUCCCAAAGAUGAUGGGACUCUAGCUUCCUAUGUUGGAUUUAGAAUCCAACAUGAUAACGCUCGUGGGCCUAUGAAAGGAGGAAUUCGUUACCACCCUGAGGUUGACCCUGAUGAAGUGAAUGCUCUGGCUCAACUAAUGACUUGGAAGACAGCAGUAGCAAAUAUCCCUUAUGGUGGAGCCAAAGGUGGGAUUGGAUGCAACCCAAGGGAACUCAGUAUCAGUGAACAAGAACGUUUAACGAGAGUUUUCACUCAAAGGAUCCAUGAUCUUAUAGGCAUUCACAGGGAUGUUCCUGCCCCUGACAUGGGAACUAAUGCACAGACAAUGGCAUGGAUUCUUGAUGAGUACUCUAAGUUUCAUGGGCAUUCACCUGCAGUUGUGACAGGAAAACCCAUUGAUCUUGGAGGCUCACUUGGAAGGGAGGCUGCAACUGGACUAGGAGUGGUUUUUGCAACAGAGGCUUUACUAGCUGAACAUGGGAAGUCAAUUUCUAAUCUGAAGUUUGGCAUACAGGGCUUUGGAAAUGUGGGAUCAUGGGCAGCAAGGUUCAUUCAUGAGAGAGGGGGUAAGAUUGUUGCCGUUAGUGAUAUAACAGGUGCAAUUAAGAACCCAGAUGGGAUUGAUAUCCCAGCUCUGAUGAGACACAAAGAGGCCCAUGAAAGUUUGAAGGAAUUUCCGGGUGGAGAUGUUAUGGAUCCAAAGGAUUUGCUUGUUCAUGAAUGUGAUGUUCUCAUUCCAUGUGCCUUGGGUGGUGUUCUCAAAAAGGAAAAUGCUGCUGAUGUGAAGGCAAAGUUCAUAAUCGAAGCUGCAAAUCAUCCUACUGACCCUGAAGCCGAUGAGAUCUUAUCCAAGAAAGGAGUAGUCAUACUUCCUGACAUCUAUGCCAAUUCUGGUGGCGUGACUGUGAGCUACUUUGAAUGGGUUCAGAAUAUACAAGGAUUCAUGUGGGAGGAAGAGAAAGUGAACAGAGAGCUAAAAAGGUACAUGAGGAAAGCUUUUGUUGACAUAAAGGGAAUGUGUCAAACUCAUGGUUGUAACCUCCGAAUGGGAGCCUUUACACUAGGAGUCAAUCGAGUUGCUCGUGCUACCCUGUUGAGGGGCUGGGAAGCUUGAUCUUAAUCUUCUUCAUUUGGUUCAUUUCAAGUGCCAUGUGAUGCGUUUCUCCAAGACAGUGGGAUAGGUAAAACUAAAAAGAGUAAUGUUGGAACAAAUGUAAAAGAAACAACAACAGUUUAAAGAAAUAAGGUGUUUUUUAAUUUCA